ACUUACUUUAUAUAGAUUUCUAGCUAAACAAUCUAUAACUCAGUUUUAUUUCAUAGUGACUUACAUGGUGAUUUAACUUAAGUGUAUUUUAUUUAGGCAUUCCUUUUUAGCUACCAAUUUGAGUGAUUUAAGAUUUUGUGGGGGCUCUCAAUAGUAACUGAGCAAAUAUUCAUGCCUUGUUCCUUUGCUGUAUAUAGUGGUACCUCUUUAGGACCAAGCCCAAAAGAAAACGCCAUCUCUAUGAGCUGGUCUCUUCUUCCUCUUCCUUCCUCUGUGAUGGCUAUGUACCAUUCAGAGGGUAGAUAUCAUAGAAAAACACCAACACAAAUUUCACCUGGCUUCCUCAAAAAAAGGUGUUUAAUGAUUUUCUUAAUGCGGUUCUCGUUUACCCAAUGCAAGAAAGAAGAAGAAAGAAAUGGUUUCCUCACUGUCCACUGGGCAUCCCCUUUCCUCACUAAGAAGGUUGUAAGCCAUGUAUCUCACCAGUCUUUGUGAGUGGGUGGGGAUGUCAUGGGUGUUCUUCAUGGCGGGACAUACACUGCUUCCAGAAGACACUACUUUAGCAUACACUGUUUGAACUCUCUUUUUCCAGAUUCCUCAGAACCAAUCUCUUACAGAAUUUCCUCGGGCGAUCUGGAAGGGAAGUUCUCCAUUCACAGGUGGCUAGGCAGUAUUCGCACCCUGAAGUCUCUGGACCACGAAGCACAGCCCGUGGUGGUCCUCACAGUCCAGGCACAGCUCGGCAGCUCCCCAGCCUGCAGCAGCACGGAAGUGAACAUAACUGUCAUGGACGUCAACGACAACCGCCCUGAGUUUCCUACAGCCUCAGAUGAGAUUAGGAUCUCCCCGACCACGCCACCUGGCACAGCCCUGUACCUUUCCCAUGCUAAGGAUAGAGACAGCGGGCUGAAUGGACAGGUUCGGUACAGCAUCGCAAGUCCCCAACCAAGGGAGUUCAGCAUAGACCGAGCGCGCGGGGUACUAUACCUCAGGGAGACUCUGAGAGGCCAGGGGCGCUUCAGGCUGACCUUGGUGGCUGAGGACCAAGGUGCUCCUCCCCUGGCAUCCCGGUUGGUGCUCACAGUAGUUAUUGAAAGCCAAGAAAGAAACCCAGCUGUGGCGUUUGAACAUUUGGUCUAUCAAGUGGAGGUGAGCGAGUCUCUUCCAUUGACGACGCAAAUCAUACAGGUACAGGCCUACCCACUACACCCGUGGCACGCAGCCUCAAGGAUGAUAUACUCCCUGGAUGUCAGCGCGGACUCCGCAGUGUUUGGAAUCCACCCCCAUACAGGGUGGAUUUAUCUGCGACGACAACUAGACUAUGAAUCUAUACAGACGUAUAGGUUUAAAGUGUUUGUGCGAAUCCCGGAGGACCGGCGACUGCGGGAUGUGAGCACUUUGGUAAUUGUACAUGUUUCGGAUGAGAACGACCAUUCCCCAGGCUUCUUGCAGAGCAAGAUGUUUCUGAACAUUGAGGAGAGCCCUGUCCCCCUAGGGGUAAUAGGCAAAAUGACAGCCAUCGAUGCUGACUCCAGAAAGAACGGGCAGCUGUCAUACAGCCUUUUCACCGAUGGAACAUUCUUCAAAAUGAAUCCUAACACAGGUGAGCUAAUCAGUUGGUUGCCACUGGAUCGUGAGCACCAAGGGCAUCAUCACAUGACUGUCCUAGUGACAGACCACGGGUCCCCACCACGGAAUGCCACCAUGGUGGUUUAUGUCACAAUUAGUGACAUCAACGACAACAGGCCAUUUUUCCCACAGUGUCUCCCGGGAAAAGAAUUCCACGUCAAGGCUUUGGAAGGCCAGCCAGUCAACACACUGGUUACAACCAUCUUUGCAAAGGAUCCUGAUGAAGGACUCAGUGCAGAGCUCACAUACUCCAUCUCCUCAGACUAUCCUGCUCACUUCAAGAUUGAUGCCAACAAUGGUGAAAUAAGAACAACCACAAUACUUUCUCACGACUAUAGACCUUCCUAUAGGAUGACCGUCAUUGCCAGUGACCAGGGAGUGCCCCGACUUCAAGGACAGGCAAUUAUUAAUAUUCAGGUGAUACCGCUCUCCAAGGGGACAGUUUUUAUGCCUCAGAACAUCCGACAUUUAGUUAUCCCAGAAAACACAAAGCCUGCAAAACUUAUGAGUCUGAUGACGUCACCUGAUCCCCUUCAACAGCACCGCAGUGGGAAGUUACACUUUAGUAUUGCUGCAGAGGACAAGGAAGGCCACUUCGACAUCGACAGCUCCACAGGGGACUUGUUCCUCUCUAAGAAACUUGACUAUGAAGUGACGUCUCAUUAUCUUAUCAGGGUAAUUUCGAAAGACCACAGCCUGAGUCCUCCCAGGAACAGCACGGUCUUCCUUAGUGUUGAUGUGGAAGAUGAAAAUGACCAUUCCCCAUCCUUCCAGGACGAGUUCAUUGUGCUAAGCGUAGAGGAAAACGCCCCUGUAGGGACUCUGGUGUACACCUUCAACGCCAAAGACGGCGAUGGCAGUUUUCUGAACAGCAGGAUACAGUACUUCGCAGAAUCCAGCCAUGUUGGAGUGCACCCGUUUCUCAUCCACCCCUCCUCCGGAGCAUUGCUUACCGCGUCUCCCCUGGACAGAGAGACUGCUCCAGCUUUCACUCUCAUCAUAACUGCGUCUGACCAGGCAGUGAAUGUGACAGACCGGCGAUGGAAGUCGCUGGUAGCAGAAGUGGUGAUUCUGGACGUGAAUGACCACAGCCCCACCUUUGUGUCUUAUCCCAUCGCCUCCAUCAGAGAGGAUGCUGAAGUGGGCUCCCUGGUGCACCGUGUAAGUGCCCAGGAUCCAGACGCAGAGAUGAACGGAGAAGUGACGUACAGCAUACUCUCAGGGAACGAGGACGCGGUCUUUAUGCUAGAUGGGUCGUCAGGCUUGCUCAGGACAGCCUGUCCUUUGGAUUACGAAGUGAAAGCUCAGCACAUUCUGACCCUCUUGGCCCGCGAUGGUGGCACACCAGCACUUUCCUCAUCCCAGACUCUGACAGUUACCGUCCUCGAUGUAAAUGAUGAGACGCCAGCAUUUAAGCAACUUCUGUAUGAAACCUCAGUGAAAGAAAAUCAAAGUCCAGGGGUAUUUGUCACAAGGGUUGAAACUGAGGACGCAGAUUCAGGGGUCAAUUCCAAGCUGCAGUUUGAAAUCAUGCCAGGGCCUGCCUUUGGAUUGUUUGAGAUCAAUCCCGACACAGGAGAGGUGGUGACAGCUGUCACAUUUGACCGAGAAACUCAAGAAAUCUUCACACUUCAAGUGCUUGUGCGAGAUGGUGGUGUCCCUUCAUUGUCCAGCACUGCGGCCAUCACCUGCACCAUUGAAGAUGAAAAUGACCAUGACCCACAGCUUAUUGUCCUCAGCCAUGAUAUUGAAAUCCUGGAAAACCAAGAUCCGGGAGUUGUCUAUACUGUGCUGGCUUUUGAUAUGGAUGCUGGCAACAACGGAGCUGUCACCUAUCACAUAGCAGGUGGAAACACCGAUGAAUACUUUGCUAUUCAUGCAACCUCAGGAGACCUCUCAACAACUCGUGCUUUGGACCGCGAGCAGAUCAACAACUUCACCCUCACUGUCCUGUGCUCAGACUUGGGGGCCCCACCUCGAAGCUCUGUGAUGCAGUUGCACGUUAGGGUUUUGGAUGACAAUGACCACAGCCCUUCCUUUCCUAUGCUUCAUUACGAGUCCUCUGUGAGAGAAGAUGCUGAUGUGGGCACUGUGGUCCUGGUGCUGUCUGCUGUGGACAGAGAUGAGGGCCUCAACGGGAAGGUGGAAUAUUUUCUUCUAGAGGAAACUUCUGGGGCAUUCACUGUUGGUCACGUAUCGGGGACGCUGAGAACUAGCCGUGCCCUUGAUCGAGAAGCCAGCUCUCACUACACAUUCCAGGCAGUGGCCAGAGACUGCAGCGCCCAUGGUGCAAAAAGCAGCGUGCUAACUAUACUCCUGUCAGUCACUGAUGUUAAUGACAAUAAUCCUGUUUGGGAAGAGAACCCAGUUGACAUUUUCAUAUCCCCGCAGCUGUCCCUAAACCAGACCAUUGUUCAUCUGAGAGCCAGUGACCCAGAUGCAGGCCCCAAUGGAACUGUUACUUUCAGUUUUGCAGACACCCAGUCAGUGUUUUCUAUUGAUGAAUAUACAGGAGAAGUUAAACUUCAGCAGAAUCUGUCUUCAGAGUAUUUUCCUUUUUGGGUGCAGUUAAGGGCCACAGAUCAAGGGGUUCCAGCAAGGUCAACCAAGGGCCUCUUGGUUGUUCACAUGGAAGGAGAAGACGCAAUGCUUUCCUUCAGCCGCCGUCUCUAUACAGGAUUCGUGACUGAAAACUGUGAGCCAGGUACUUCUGUUAUGACUGUACAGGCUUUUUCUCCUGCCUCAAUUCCAGACUCCAUUAAAUACUCGGUUUUCAGUGGAAAUGAAGAUGGAGUGUUUUCCCUGGAUUCUAACUCAGGACAACUCAUCGUAGAAGAACCUAAAUUCCUUGACUUUGAGGUCAGGAGUGAAGUGCAGCUCAUUAUUCUUGCCGAGAGCAGCGGGCACAGAGCCUUCACCAAAGCAUCAGUUUCCAUCCAAGAUCUGAAUGAUAAUUCUCCGCGCUUUGCACAAAGUGUGUACCAAGCAUCAAUGUCUGAAGGACAAGUCUACAAUGCUCAUGUCAUACAGGUGUUUGCUACUGACUUGGAUGGGGGCUUGAACAGCCUGAUCGAGUAUUCCAUUGUCGCUGGCAACCAAGCAGAAGCCUUCCAGAUUGAUGAGCUGAGCGGGGUCAUAACGACAAACUCCAUGCUGGACUAUGAGUCCACCCACCCCUACAGCUUGAUUGUGCAAGCCACAGACAGAGGGGAGCCCAGGCUCUCCGAUACGACUCUGGUCAAGAUACAGGUGAUUGAUAUAAAUGACAAUGCCCCAGUCCUUCUACACUCAGAGGCAAUAGAAAUCGCAGAAAAUUCUUUGCCUGGUGUAAUUGUGGCUCGGGUAUCUGUUCACGAUGCGGAUCUGAACCCAGCUUUCACCUUCAGUUUUCUCAAAGAAAGCAAUUCUGGAGCCAAGUUUGCUAUCAGCCAGGACACAGGAGUGGUGGUGCUGGUGCAAACACUGGAUUUUGAAGAAGUCGCUGAAUAUGAGCUGAUCGUCCAUGUUUCUGAUUCGAAGCACCACACAGAGGGUUCCCUCAUUAUCCGUGUCCUAGAUGUCAAUGAUAACCCACCCAUUUUUUCUCAAGAUUUCUAUCAGGCUACGGUUCCUGAGCUCAUACCUGGGGGGAGCCCGGUGCUGACCCUGUCUGCCACAGACUUAGAAAGCAGUGAGAACAUUUCUUACAGGAUCCUUUCGUCUUUGGAGGGAUUUGCUAUUGACCCCAGGAACGGCACCAUAUUUACUACAGAUUCUGUAUCACUUCUGGAUGAAAUGUCAUCACUUCGAUUUCUCGUGGAAGCCAGUGAUGGAGGACUUCCCUCCCUGAGGGCUCUUACGUUGGUGGAGAUAGAAAUACAAGAUGUGAACAGCUAUGCCCCUGAGUUUACAGCAGGCCACUAUAAUCUGAGCUUGAGUGAGGAUGCUCCCAUUGGAAGCACCCUCAUGACGUUUUCAACGAUUGACCGUGACUACGCCUUUGAAAACACACACACCGAGUACUCUAUCAUCAGUGGCAACUUACACAACUGCUUCCACAUCGAAACUGGCCUCCUUCGUUCAGAGCAUUCCCGUCAGCAGGCUGGUGCUCUCGUGCUGCUCCGUGCUCUGGACAGAGAAGCCAGUGCCAUCCACGAGCUUGUCAUUCUAGCAUCUGACCGCGGCCACCCUCCACUCAGCUCCACGUGCGUCAUUACGAUAGAAGUUCUUGAUGUCAAUGACAGCCCACCCAAGUUCAGCAGUCAGCAGUACCAUGCCCAUGUCAAGGAAAGCACCCCUGUAGGGAGUCACAUCACCGUGGUGUCAGCAGAUGACUGUGACACGGGCUCACAUGCAGAAAUCAUCUAUGGCAUAACCUCUGGAAAUGAGAAGGAGCAUUUUUACUUAGAAGAAAGAACAGGGGUGCUUUAUUUGAUGAAACCUCUGGAUUACGAGGAAACAACAGGAUUCACCUUAACCAUCCGAGCUGCAGAUGAAGAGGAGAAACAUGUCUCUUUUGCUGUUGUGCGCAUCAGUGUGUUAGAUGACAAUGACCAUACUCCUCAGUUUAUGUCCCCUACCUUAGCCUGUGUCGCUCCUGAAAACCUGCCUGCUUUUUCCAUCCUAUGUUCUAUACAUGCACUGGAUUUUGAUGCUGGGCCUUAUGGAGAAGUGACUUACUCUAUUUUGUCACCCUGCCUUGUCACACAUGGGGUGCACCCCUAUCCGGAUCUCUUUGCCAUCGACCCUUUAACAGGGGACAUUCACACCCAGCAAAUGCUUGACUAUGAAAGUGUUAGCAGGUACUGUGUUGUGGUUCAGGCCAAAGACAGAGGCGGAGCUGCAGCUUCCCUGGAGGUUUGGGUGGAAGUAGAAGGGAUAGAUGAAUUUGAACCCAUUUUCACUCAAGAUCAAUAUUUUUUCAGUCUCCCCGAGAAGGGUCGAGGGCAGCAACUGAUUGGCAGAGUGGAAGCCUCAGAUGCGGAUGCUGGCGUCGAUGGGGUCGUUCUCUACUCCCUGAGGACUCCGUCCCCGCUCUUUUCGGUAAACAAAACAAAUGGCAAGAUUUACUGGACUCAAGCCCCUUUCCUAAUAAGCAGUCAGCUCAACAAAGAAGACACCCUUGAAGUGGAAAUAAUUGCUCACAGCCCCAAGCCUGGCUCCAAGUCCACAUCCUGCAGUGUGUUCGUGAAUGUCUCUUUGCCAUCUGAUGGACAGCACGGGACAGUGUUUGCUCACAGUUUCUCCCUCAGCCUCGUGGUCUCCUUUCUGGUGUUCCUCUUGCUUGUCUGUACUCUAAUUGUACUGACUUUAAGGCAUAAGCCAAAAGAGCCACUACACAGUUAUGAAGAGAAGAAGGCACCAUCACCUCCAGAUGCCGACCCCAGACUGACUGGGGCUGCAAGGAUGCUCAAGGCUGGGCAGGAGACCAUGGAGUAUGGGGAUGUGACCGAGCCUGGUGGAGCUGUGCCUGCUGAAUGGUUGAAUUUAAUGAGUGUCAUGGAGAAGGACAUUGUCCACCUGUACAGGCGCUCAAACUCCAGUUCGGUGGAUGGGGAAACCGCCGAAGACAGAGAAAUCCAGAGGAUAAACGAAUGCCCUUACAGAAAGGACUCAGAUUCCGCCCUAAGUGAACGGGGGUCCAGGGUGCCAGACUCGGGUAUCCCUAGAGACUCCGAUCAGCUUUCUUGCCUCUCAGGAGAGACAGAUGUGGUGACUGGCACUGAGGCAAUGGAGGCCAGCCACAUGUUUGAGGGAGGGGAUGGAGGCGAAGGCUGCGAAGCUAUCUAUGUUCAAAGUAAUGCAUUUUCCCAGAAAAGGGAGGCCAGAGAGGGUGUCUUGGCUGAUAGCAGGAAAGAGGGGUCCUCUACGUCAGCCAGUCGAGAAGGAAGCUGUGCAGCUCUCUCCUUCCAGAAAACCUCCAAUGAUGGUGCCAGAGGCGGCUAUGCCUGGGAUUACUUCCUCAGUUGGGAACCCAAGUUCCAGCAUCUUGCCUCAGUGUUUAAUGAUAUUGCCAGACUAAAGGAUGAACAUUUGCAGGUGGUUGGCAGUCCAAAAGACACAUCUUUUGUUUUCCCACCCCCUUUGAUAACAGCAGUAGCACAGCCUGGGGUUAAGGCAGUCCCCCCUCGAAUGCCAGCCAUCACCCUGGGACAGGCUCUUCAGAAACUCCCCCGCUCUCCCCUUCCUUACUACGGUGGCUCUCUAGCAGAAGCGAUGACUCCCAGCUUUUCUCCGUCUCUUUCUCUACUGACGAUGCAGACUCCUGCCAGGUCACCGGUGCUGCCAGAUGGAGAGUCUGCAGGAGGACAUGUACGUGGCACAUGCUGUGAACUGAAAGCUGAAGAUGAAAUACCCGUAUAGAAUGCCUCUGGGGCUGACUC